GUGGUUCCGGGGAGAAACCUGUCCAGGACCCAUGUACGGCCACAGCUGUUUUCCCUGAUCUGGGUCCUUGCAGCACCCACGGGAAGGAAAUUCCCAGGCAAGGAACACUGCUCAAAAAGUACUGUACCAUGUCUCUACAUCCCUGAGGGUCAAGUUGAAAAACUGGAAGCCACGGAAACUGUAAGCGCAAUGGCGGCGGCCGCGGCGGAGCAGCAGCAGUUCUACCUGCUCCUGGGAAACCUGCUCAGCCCCGACAAUGUGGUCCGGAAACAGGCAGAGGAAACCUACGAGAAUAUCCCAGGCCAGUCAAAGAUCACGUUCCUCUUACAAGCCAUCAGAAAUACAGCUGCCGCUGAGGAGGCUAGACAGAUGGCUGCAGUCCUCCUCAGGCGCCUUCUGUCCUCUGCCUUCGACGAAGUCUACCCUGCUCUGCCUUCCGAGGUCCAGGCCGCCAUCAAGAGUGAGCUCCUGCUCAUCAUACAGCUGGAGACGCAGUCCAGCAUGAGGAAGAAGAUCUGUGACAUCGCUGCCGAGCUGGCCAGGAACCUGAUAGAUGAGGACGGCAACAACCAGUGGCCUGAAGGGCUGAAGUUUCUUUUCGAGUCAGUCAGCUCUCAGAAUAUGGGUCUGCGUGAGGCUGCCUUGCACAUUUUCUGGAACUUUCCUGGAAUUUUUGGGAACCAACAGCAGCACUAUUUAGACGUCAUCAAGCGAAUGUUAGUUCAGUGUAUGCAAGAUCAGGAGCAUCCAUCAAUCAGGACGUUAUCUGCUAGAGCUACUGCUGCGUUUAUACUUGCAAAUGAGCAUAAUGUUACUCUUUUCAAACAUUUUGCAGACUUGUUACCCGGAUUCUUACAGGCUGUAAAUGACUCGUGCUACCAGAAUGACGAUUCAGUCCUCAAGUCCCUUGUGGAGAUUGCAGACACCGUUCCGAAGUACCUGCGUCCUCACCUGGAAGCCACUCUGCAGCUGAGUCUGAAGUUGUGUGGAGACACCAGCCUCAAUAACAUGCAACGCCAGCUCGCCCUUGAAGUCAUUGUGACCCUGUCCGAGACUGCAGCUGCUAUGUUAAGGAAGCACACUAAUAUUGUUGCACAAACUAUUCCCCAGAUGUUAGCAAUGAUGGUUGACCUGGAAGAAGAUGAGGACUGGGCAAAUGCUGAUGAACUAGAAGAUGACGAUUUUGACAGCAACGCAGUUGCUGGUGAGAGUGCUUUAGACCGAAUGGCGUGUGGACUUGGUGGGAAGCUCGUUCUGCCAAUGAUUAAGGAACACAUUAUGCAAAUGCUGCAAAAUCCUGACUGGAAGUACCGGCAUGCGGGACUGAUGGCGUUGUCUGCCAUCGGUGAAGGCUGUCACCAGCAAAUGGAAGGAAUUCUAAACGAAAUUGUAAAUUUUGUUCUGCUUUUCCUUCAGGAUCCUCAUCCCAGAGUAAGGUAUGCAGCCUGUAAUGCUGUGGGACAGAUGGCCACCGAUUUUGCCCCUUGUUUCCAAAAGAAAUUUCAUGAGAAGGUGAUUGCAGCCCUGCUGCAGACGAUGGAAGACCAAGGCAACCAGCGGGUGCAGGCGCAUGCCGCCGCGGCUCUCAUCAACUUCACUGAAGACUGCCCCAAGUCGCUGCUUAUUCCGUACCUAGACAACUUGGUGAAGCAUCUGCAUUCUAUUAUGGUCCUUAAGCUUCAAGAGUUGAUUCAGAAAGGCACCAAGUUAGUUUUGGAGCAAGUUGUAACAUCCAUUGCAUCAGUUGCAGAUACUGCAGAAGAAAAAUUUGUUCCCUACUACGAUUUGUUUAUGCCAUCACUGAAGCACAUUGUUGAAAAUGCAGUUCAAAAGGAGCUCCGCCUUCUGAGAGGAAAGACAAUCGAGUGUAUCAGCCUCAUCGGCCUGGCCGUUGGGAAGGAGAAAUUCAUGCAGGACGCGUCGGAUGUGAUGCAGCUGUUGUUAAAGACUCAGACAGACUUCAACGAUAUGGAAGAUGACGAUCCUCAGAUCUCUUACAUGAUCUCAGCAUGGGCCAGAAUGUGCAAAAUCCUUGGAAAAGAAUUUCAGCAGUACCUUCCUGUGGUUAUGGGGCCCUUGAUGAAGACCGCUUCCAUUAAGCCUGAAGUAGCCCUGUUAGAUACACAAGACAUGGAGAAUAUGAGUGAUGAUGAUGGUUGGGAAUUUGUAAACCUUGGAGAUCAGCAGAGUUUUGGUAUUAAAACUGCAGGACUAGAAGAAAAAUCCACUGCUUGUCAGAUGUUGGUUUGCUAUGCUAAGGAAUUAAAGGAAGGCUUUGUGGAAUAUACCGAACAGGUUGUCAAGCUGAUGGUCCCAUUACUGAAAUUCUAUUUCCAUGAUGGUGUUCGUGUAGCAGCCGCAGAAUCCAUGCCCCUUCUCCUGGAGUGUGCCCGGGUCCGGGGGCCAGAGUAUCUCACACAGAUGUGGCAUUUCAUGUGUGAUGCUCUCAUCAAGGCCAUCGGCACAGAACCAGACUCGGAUGUCCUCUCAGAAAUUAUGCAUUCAUUUGCAAAGUGCGUUGAAGUAAUGGGAGAUGGCUGCCUUAAUAAUGAACACUUUGAAGAACUGGGAGGAAUACUGAAAGCAAAACUUGAAGAACAUUUUAAAAAUCAAGAAUUGCGGCAAGUGAAAAGACAAGAUGAAGACUAUGACGAACAGGUGGAAGAGUCACUGCAAGAUGAGGAUGAUAAUGAUGUCUAUAUUCUGACCAAAGUGUCAGAUAUUUUACAUUCAAUAUUCAGUAGCUACAAGGAAAAGGUGUUACCGUGGUUUGAACAGCUGCUCCCGUUAAUUGUCAACUUGAUUUGUCCACAUCGGCCUUGGCCAGAUAGACAGUGGGGACUGUGCAUCUUUGAUGAUGUCAUCGAGCACUGUAGUCCAGCCUCAUUUAAGUAUGCAGAAUACUUCCUGAGGCCGAUGCUGCAGUACGUGUGUGACAGCAGCCCGGAAGUCAGGCAGGCAGCUGCCUACGGCCUGGGCGUCAUGGCGCAGUACGGGGGAGAUAACUACCGCCCCUUCUGUACAGAAGCCCUUCCACUGCUUGUAAGAGUUAUUCAGUCUGCAGAUUCUAAGACCAAAGAAAAUGUCAAUGCUACCGAGAACUGCAUCUCCGCCGUGGGAAAAAUCAUGAAGUUCAAACCCGAUUGUGUGAAUGUGGAGGAAGUGCUACCGCACUGGCUGUCUUGGCUACCACUGCAUGAAGACAAAGAAGAAGCUGUUCAGACUUUCAAUUACCUGUGUGACCUGAUUGAAAGUAAUCACCCAAUCGUUCUUGGCCCAAACAAUACCAAUCUGCCCAAGAUAUUCAGUAUAAUUGCAGAGGGAGAAAUGCACGAAGCAAUUAAACAUGCAGACCCUUGUGCCAAGCGCCUGGCUAAUGUGGUUCGCCAAGUCCAGACUUCUGGAGGACUGUGGGCCGAGUGCAUCGCACAGCUCAGCCCCGAGCAGCAGGCCGCCAUCCAGGAGCUCCUCCACUCGGCCUGAAGGGCUUGGCACCACCCACCGCGAAACUAACUCCAAAUAAACGUUGACCCUUUUGUUUAGGUUUCUUUGUUUUGUUUUUGAGCAAAGGAGAGCGGUAGAGUUGUGUAGGCCAUUCUUCCGGGAGCCGCAGCAGGUGGAGCAGCGCUGUGUUGCCCAGUGAGCCCGCGGAUUCCUCUCACACCACUCAAGAGUUCCCUGUCAGCCCUGCAGUAGCGCUGAAGACUAUUUUUCUAUUGGUGUAAGCUACUCAAGUGAAGGGAAAGGGAAAGAAAAUUAAUUUUUCUCAUUAGUUGUAAGGAAUUUUAAGAAAAAACAGCUUUAAGAUCAGUUGCUCAGUGCAGAUGUGUGUUGAAACCAGUUGCUCUACACCUAGUGUUCAUUCCAUAAUUGGAGAAUGAGUUCUUUGGUAGGGUAGGAAGAAACCUACCCAGCAAAGCAGUAGACCCAAAAGUUGAAAGACCUAGUGACAAAGAGCAAGCAUGAGGAUGUCCUAUUUGAUGCCACUUUUCGGUUCUUUUUCCCGAAAGACUAAGCGCAGUGACUCGGUGUGGAGGCCGUUGAGCUUCCAGCCCUUGAAUGUGAAGUGUCGUUGGCAUGUCUGGCAGUAGUCUAAUUCACUCCUCAAUAAACAAAGUUGAAACACAAGAGUAAUGUGUAAAAGUUCA